AUGUCUAUGAAGCAGUACGCCUACAAAGGAUUUGGCGCCAACAAUCUGAAGAGCCACUGGUACUCCUCCGCCGUUCGCACUGGAGACUUUAUCCACUGUGCCGGCCAGGGCGGGUAUCUUGACGAAAAAGGGACCCAGCCACACACCGUCCCUGAGCAGAUCGACCAGGCCUUUGUAAAUGUUGAUACGGCCCUGAAGGAUGCAGGCAGCGCUGGCUGGUCCCAGGUCUACCGGGUCAAUUCGUUUCAUAUCGCCUUGGAUGAUGAGGCCCAGGACGCCAUGGUUCGGAACUUCAAGAAGUGGAUGCCCGAUAACCAUCCCACUUGGACUUGUGUCCAGGUUAGUCGUCUUGGUGGACCGCGGAUGUGGGUUGAGAUUGAGGUCUCGGCGUAUGAUCCAGAGGGUGCUAAGAAGGAGGGAACAAGUAAGGCUUGA